GCCGGCUCUGGGCGGCAAAGGAGUUGCAAGGGCUUGUACCAAAGACUUUUCUCCGCUGGUUGUAGCCAUGGACGCUCUGCAGCUCUUGUUGCAGCAGCAAGCGAGUCCUGUUCCAGCGAUGCCAGCGCCUGGUAUGAAUGCGGUGUUCAUGCAGCAGUACUUUGCGCAGAUGCAAGCCCAACAGCUGCAGCAGCUGCAGCUGCAGCAGCAGAUGCUGCAGAGCCACCUGGCGGCCCAGGCGGCCAAAGCGGCGCCGCCGGCGCCGCCGGCCCCGGCCCCGCCGGAAAUGCUGCCCCCUGCCCCGCUGGAGCCAGAGUUACCCAAGCCGGCGCUGGUGGGCAUGCAGAUCCAGCCGGACUCUGCGCGGUUUCUAUCCUUUGAUGCCCCAAUGGAGCAGAUUGUCAGAGGAGAGGCGAGUGUGCCCAAGAUGCAGGCUGCGCCUCCCAGGGAGAUGAGGAAUACUGGCACUUGGGUCUCUAGGGAGCGGACACCCAGCCGCAGUCCGGAGCGCAGGCAACCUGAGUCCCGAGAGUCCCGAGAGUCCCGAGAGUCCCGAGAGCGAUCAGCAGCUGAUGAGAUGCUGGCCAGGUGCAUGGCCUUCGCACAGCAGAAGGAGAAAGAGAAAAGAGGCCACGCUCAGGAAGUCAGAGAGCAGCCGCCGGCACCACCUCCAGAUGCGCCACCAGUGCCAGAGGAGCCGCCCUUGCCCCCGAGCCCCGCUUCGGCUUCGUCGCCCAAAGCGGCGCCCGCGCCGCGAGGGGCGGAGCCGGAGACGCCGGCGCCGCCGCUUCCGGUGGCCAAGGCUGCGGUGCAGGCGCCGCCCUUGGCGCGAGUGGUGCCUCCGAGAGUGGUGCCUCCCCCUGCCUCGGGGUUUGCUGCGGCACCAUCCAAGCCGGCGAAGCGACACAAAGGUGCAAAUGCGGAGAUGAAGCCGCCACCGCCGCUUCAGAACCCGCUGUAUGCCAGCUGGAUGCAGCAGAUGCAAGCUGCACAGCGGCAAGGGGAGCCGGAGGUGGAGGAGCCAAGGCAGAAGGAGCCGUCACCCAUACCAGAGAAGGCUCCAGAGGACGUGAAGGAAAGUCCAGUCCUACCAGAUCUUCCAUUGAGAAACCAAUUUGAAGAAGAGCAAGCAUUGCUGCAACAAGAACUGCUUGAGCGCCUCAACGCGGUUGAGACAGAUGUUGCGCAAGAGAAGAGGAGCGUAGAUCGACCUCAGGCGAGCAGGUCUCGGAGCAAGACGGUCGUCCAACGUGGCAGCCGCAGCCACACCCGCAGCCAGAAGCCUCGCAGCAAGCGGAGGAGGAGCAGCAGCAAGUCGCGCCGGCGAAAGAGCCGCGACCGGAGGAGGACGCGGGAGCGUUCGCGGAGGCGCCCUAAAGAUCGUGACCGCAGACGAUCCAAGUCCCGACGACGGUCGAGGGACCGACGAGACCGCAAAGAGCGCGCCAGUUCGGGGAGAGAGGUCAAGAUGCAAAGGGCAGACAGGAGUCUGCCUUCGGAGCCCAUCCCGCAGGCGCCGGAGAUGCCCAGCUCGCAGGCCAAGACAACCUCGGGCUCGCUGCGAGAGCUCAUACAGUCUGGACGGCAAGACGCAAGAGAUCAGAAGCAGGAUCCCCUGGGACCCGACGGCUUCGACCAGGAGCCAUUUGCCCAGGAUGCCAUGCCCGCGCAGACGCAACUGGAGGAUGCAGGGAGCACAAGUGCUGCUGCCCAGCACGCUUUCCAGGAUGCGCCCGAGUCAGAGAAGGGCGAGGGCCAGUUUACGCCAACUGCUGGCUUCUCCCAACAGGGCGAGUCUGCUGGUCAAGCUGCAUUCGGGCUUUCCGGAAAGGGCCAGUUUGCGCCGACUGCUGGCUUCUCCCAACAGGGCGAGUCUGCUGGUCAAGCUGCAUUCGGGCUUCCCGGAAAGGGCCAGUUUGCGCCGACUGCUGGCUUCUCCCACCAGGGCGAGUCUGCUGGUCAAGCUGCAUUCGGGCUUCCCGGAAAGGGCCAGUUUGCGCCGACUGCUGGCUUCUCCCACCAGGGCGAGUCUGCUGGCCAAGCUGCAUUCGGGCUUCCCGGAAAGGGCCAGUUUGCGCCGACUGCUGGCUUCUCCCAACAGGGCGAGUCUGCUGGUCAAGCUGCAUUCGGGCUUCCCGGAAAGGGCCAGUUUGCGCCGACUGCUGGCUUCUCCCAACAGGGCGAGUCUGCUGGUCAAGCUGCAUUCGGGCUUCCCGGAAAGGGCCAGUUUGCGCCGACUGCUGGCUUCUCCCAACAGGGCGAGUCUGCUGGUCAAGCUGCAUUCGGGCUUCCCGGAAAGGGCCAGUUUGCGCCGACUGCUGGCUUCUCCCACCAGGGCGAGUCUGCUGGUCAAGCUGCAUUCGGGCUUCCCGGAAAGGGCCAGUUUGCGCCGACUGCUGGCUUCUCCCAACAGGAUGCCUACGGCUUUGGCAAAGGCAAGCCUGCGGCGCAACCCGAACAGUUGGAGCAGGGUGCAGCUGCAGAGCAAAGGGCCUAUGCCUUCGGCAAGGGCAAGUUUGGCAAGCAGUCGCCAAUCCCAGAGCAGGGCGAGUCUGCUGGUCAAGCUGCAUUCGGGCUUCCCGGAAAGGGCCAGUUUGCGCCGACUGCUGGCUUCUCCCAACAGGAUGCCUACGGCUUUGGCAAAGGCAAGCCUGCGGCGCAACCCGAACAGUUGGAGCAGGGUGCAGCGGCAGAGCAAAGGGCCUAUGCCUUCGGCAAGGGCAAGUUUGGCAAGCAGUCGCCAGUCCCAGAGCAGGGCGAGUCGGCUGGUCAAGCUGCAUUCGGGCUUCCCGGAAAGGGCCAGUUUGCGCAGACUGCUGGCUUCUCCCAACAGGAUGGCUUCGGCAAAGGCAAGCCGCCGCAGCCCGAAGAGUUGGAGCAGGGUGCAUCAGAGCAGAGGGCCUAUAGCUUCGGGAAAGGCAAGUUUGGCAAGCAACGGCCAGACUCAGAGCAGGAUGCGUCGGCUGGCCAAGCCGGAAUCGGCUUUGCCGGAAAGGGCAAGUCUGUGCACACGGGCUUCUCCCACCAGGAUGCUGGUUUCGGCAAAGGCAAGCCGAUCACGCAGUCCGAAGCCUCAGAGCAGGAUGCGCCUGCCGAUCAGAAGGGCUAUGGCUUCGGGAAAGGCAAGUUUGGCAAGCAACGGCCAGACUCAGAGCAGGAUGAGUCGGCGGGGCAAGCCGCAUUCGGCUUUGCUGGAAAGGGCAAGUCUGCACAGACGGGCUUCUCCCACCAGGAUGCUGCGCGUGCCUACGUUCUUGGCAAAGGCAAGCCUGUCGCGCAGUCCGAAGACUCGGAGCAGGAUGCGCCUGCCGAUCACAGGGGCUAUGGCUUCGGAAAAGGCAAGUUUGGCAAGCAACGGCCAGACUCAGAGCAGGAUGCUGGGCGUGCCUACGUUCUUGGCAAAGGCAAGCCUGUCGCGCAGUCCGAAGACUCGGAGCAGGAUGCGCCUGCCGAUCACAGGGGCUAUGGCUUCGGAAAAGGUAAGUUUGGCAAGCAACGGCCAGACUCAGAGCAGGAUGAGUCGGCGGGGCAAGCCGCAUUCGGCUUUGCUGGAAAGGGCAAGUCUGCACAGACGGGCUUCUCCCACCAGGAUGCUGGGCGUGCCGACGUUCUUGGCAAAGGCAAGCCUGUCGCGCAGUCCGAAGACUCGGAGCAGGAUGCGCCUGCCGAUCACAGGGGGUAUGGCUUCGGAAAAGGCAAGUUUGGCAAGCAACGGCCAGACUCAGAGCAGGAUGAGUCGGCGGGGCAAGCCGCAUUCGGCUUUGCUGGAAAGGGCAAGCCUGCACAGACAGGCUUCUCCCACCAGGAUGCUGGGCGUGCCUACGUUCUUGGCAAAGGCAAGCCUGUCGCGCAGUCCGAAGACUCGGAGCAGGAUGCGCCUGCCGAUCACAGGGGCUAUGGCUUCGGAAAAGGCAAGUUUGGCAAGCAACGGCCAGACUCAGAGCAGGAUGAGUCGGCGGGGCAAGCCGCAUUCGGCUUUGCUGGAAAGGGCAAGUCUGCACAGACAGGCUUCUCCCACCAGGAUGCUGGGCGUGCCUACGUUCUUGGCAAAGGCAAGCCUGUCGCGCAGUCCGAAGACUCGGAGCAGGAUGCGCCUGCCGAUCACAGGGGCUAUGGCUUCGGAAAAGGCAAGUUUGGCAAGCAACGGCCAGACUCAGAGCAGGUGACGCAGUUUCCGAAAGCCUUCAAGGGCAAGUUUGCUCUCGACGAGGAGUCUUCUCGGCCAGCUCUCAUCGGCAAGGGCAAGGGGGGAAAGCUAGACUCUGAGGAUGCACCGGGCGUUCCAGCAGCUUUUGCCGGAAGAGGCAAGGCAGCUGGAAAGGGCAAAGCCAACUUUUCGGAGCAGGACGAAUAUCCUGAAGAUGGUGCUUCGGAUGGUUGGCACAGCUCGGAAGCGAAGGAUGGUGGCUUGGGAGAGAGUGCCUUCAAGGAGUUGCAGAGCAAAGCAGGAAUGCCCACGCCGCCUUUUGGAGGGCAGGCACCUUCUUCCAUGCCUGCUCCAAAUGCUGUGGCCGAGGCGGCGAUGUCUGCCCUGCAAAAGGCUGGCUGGAAACCCGGCAGCCAGGGCCUGCCGAAACCCAUCACUCAGUUCUCGGAGGAGAAGCAGGAGGAAUGGACUGACAAACGAUGGGAUUCACAAGAGGACUGGAAUGAUUGGAAGGAUUGGAAGCAAAGCUACGACAAGAAGGCUGAAUGGAAAUGGAAGGAAUGGAGGUAUGAUGAAUGGGAGGAGAGGGAAGAGGAGGAGGACUGGAAGGCGCCGAAUCCUCCCAAGGCGCUGCCGAGCAAGCCCAAGGCUCUUCCGAAGCCAAGCACUCCGGCUCCGAAGCCCAGACCACCCAGUCAGCCGCCACCUCCAGAUAUGCUGGGCAAGGUCAAGGGGGGAUUCAUGGCACCGAAGCCGAAGGCCCCGCAACCGCCACCACGUCGGGUGGAGGUUCAGGAGUACGAGGAAGAAGAGGAAUGGGACACGCAGGUUGAUUCCUGGAAUGGAGACAGAUCCGGAGGACAAUGGCAGGCCCAUCGCUACGAAGAUGACGAUGAUGGCAGGUGGGAAUCUUGGAAUGAUUGGAAGGACUGGAAGGGAAGCUGGAAGGAAGAGAAGGUAUGGAAAAGGGAGAACGACGACUGGCGCGAGUGGAAGAAGUCGGACAAGAACUGGAAGGACUGGGAAGGCGAAGGCGAGUGGGGUUACGAGGAGGAAGAGGAAGAAGUAGAGAUUGAGGUGGAAGAGGAGAUGCCCAAGAGCAAGCGAAAGAAGAGAAAGAAGAAGCAUCAGGAAGACGCAGGUCGCUGGGAGUGGCAGGAGGAUGAAGGCCCCGAGCGCUGGGGCGAGUCAUGGGAGCAGCCGCGUGAGGAGACUGGCUUGCAGCUCAUUGGAGAGCUUGCGCCGUCCAACACUAUGUGGGACUACAUCCUUCUGGACGAGUCCCGCCGAUCCUUUGCUGGAUACCUGCCGUGUCCUUUCUCCGACGAGGAUUGUGACACUUUCUUCGAGAGGGUGAAGGAUGAGACAGAGUGGCAGCAGCCCACGACGGCGAAAGGCAUCAUGGUUCCGCGGCAGACGGCCUGGAUGACCCGAAAAGGCUGUCGCUGCACUUAUCGUUAUGGAGGCCUGGAAGUGGAAAGCCAAGAGUAUCCUCCGUUCAUGAAGGAGCUCCUGAGGAAAGCCAUGCACUAUUGCGGUAUCCAUGAAAGAGACUGGCCAGACUCCUGCAACCUCAACUACUACGAGGAUGGGGGAGCAUCAGUUGGCUGGCAUGCAGAUGAUGAGAUCCUCUUCCAGGGGAAGUUCCAGGACAUCAGAAUAGUUUCACUCUCCUUCGGGCAGACCCGGACCUUCGAGCUGCGGCGCAAUUGGCCAGAGGCUGACGAGUCCGAGGUCGACCGCAUUGCGUUGAACACGGGUGAUCUCAUGACCAUGGAGGGCAUGACGCAGAAGCACUUCCAGCAUCGAGUGCCAAAGGAACGGUGCGAAGGCCCUCGCAUUAAUCUUACAUGGCGAUGGGUCCGCAGGCACUAUCCCAAGUGCCCUGCUGGCCGCAAUCGGCGGUGAUGAGCCAAGUUUGUCCAUAGUCAAAAGCUGUCCCCAAGUUGUGAUUGCCCGGUUUGAGCA